AUGAACGCCGUCAAACUGUUUACCAUCGGCUGGCGUCGGACGCGGAAGCCCAAGCGCCAGUCGACACCCUCUGAUGCAACCGCCUGUCAUCAGCGGGGUGGCAGUGCCAGGAGCAGUCGCUCAUUGCGUGUCAAUCAGCAGGGUUCACUGAGGACGCCCGCAGAACCGCUUUCACCACAGGAGACGACUGAAGUGACCAUCACCGGCUCUCCAAACUCGGAGGAGGCCGUCUCUCUUGGACUGGCCAAAAAUGGCCUCUUCCGAUUCUUCAAGGACGGCAUAUCCUCCUCUACUUGGAGCGUCUUCGAUCGAUGGGACCGAACGAGGGUAGUCUAUGUCGGCACACGCAUCUCCAACAUGGCUCACCUGAUCCGCCUCGACCAGCCAAACACCGAAUGCCUUGUCCUCCCGUUCCCGCAAAUUCGUCCCCCACUGUUGUUAAAAGCGGACGAUGCCUCGCCGAGCGGCACUGCUGCGGACAUCGUCCGAGAUGUGACAUCCCUCCCCGCCAAGGACGUGCGGGACAGCCUCGUCGAUGCCUACUUUGCCAGUAUCAACCCGCUGUUCCCUGUCGUUGAUGAGGCCGCCUUCCGCGCUCGGUACGAAGAGGUGGGCGAGCAGCCGUCGCUUAUGCUUCUGCAUGCUGUGCUGCUGGCUGGGGCGCAUGUGUCGAUGCAUCCCCGCGUAGUGCCGGUGCGCUACAUGCUCAAGGCAACCCUUUUUCGUCGUGCCAAGCAGCUUUUCGACAUGCGACACGAGCAUGACCGGCUCCAUCUGGUCCAAACCGCCCUUCUCUUCACCUGGCACCUGCAGAACGGGGAUACGGCGAGCUCGGGUGGGUAUUUCUGGGCUGGCGUCGCCUGCCGCAUUGCUUUCGGCAUGGGCAUGCACAGGAACCUGCCUACCGCUACCAUGGACCCAGUUCAGAACUACAUGCCCACGCAGGACCGACAUCAAUGGAGACGCGUGUGGUGGACGUUGUUCCAGGUUGAUGCGCUAUCAGCCUUGGAGCACGGGCGGCCACCUAUGAUCCGGGUCGAGGACUUUGACCAAGAACCCCUCCUGGUUGACGAUUUUAUUGAGUCCAACGGUCUGCUGAAUACGACGGUAGAUUUCAGAUAUUGCGUCAAGAAUAUUGAACUCUGUCACAUCAUUCUGGGCAUUCUCAGUCUCGGCGCGCCACGCGUGUCCAGGCAAACAUCCCUCGUGGUGCAAGCGGCGCCAUUGAAGACUAGGUUGGUGUCUUGGAUGCUAGACUUGCCGUCGUCAAUCACCGCGGACACGUUUGCGGACCUGACUCUGCGAUUGCAUUACCACACGGCGACGCUCCAUCUUUACAGGUUCAUGUCAGACGACAGCACCUGUGCAGACCGCGUCAAGCACGAAUGCUUGUCCAUCGUCAACGGCUCAGCGGGCGCCAUCAUCUCCAUCUUGGAGGCGAUUCGGGCUAAGAACAUGGUUGGCCAUUGCCAUUUUACCGCCCUCGUGGCGCUGACUGCCGCGGCUAUACACAUAUCAAAGGAGAUCCAGCGUCAGUUAGGGGACAUUGGCGUGAUGACGGCACUCAACGAUCUCCAUCUCUUGAACAGGGUAUGCCUCGCCGCUGAGCACUUGUCCGAGUACUGGCCAAACGCCGAGGGCAUCAGAAAGGUCUUUCGUAGCCUGCUCGACCGAUUCACAGCCAUCAUCCACAACAUCCAACAACAACAUGAUGAGCACUCAAUUGGAACGCCCAUAGAAACGGAAGUGCCAGAAGUAAAUCUGCCUACAAUCCUGGAUUCCUUCUGCCACCUACCUGUGUGGCAGGACGACGACCCUCGCUGGAACGAUGUUUUGUUUCAUUCAUGAAAACAAAGGGUGACUACCUUCAUGUACUUUAUGAC